AUGGACUCGCAUGAAAGGAGGAAGCUGAUUGAAGAAAUCCGAUCGCCGUCGCCUUCUACAGCAGCUUCUCUGCUUUCAUCUUUCGUGCUGACGCCGCAGGAUCUGUGCAGCUCUCCGUCGUUUUGGCUGCUUUUCAUGAUGCUCUUCUUUUCUUGGCAGUCUGUGCUUGUGGCUGCGUACAUGUGGAAAAUCGUGCCUUUCGCGUUCAUUCACAAGGUUCCACCCGGCACGUUCAUGGACACUGCUGAGCGGAACCUGUUGCCGGCAACUUCCUUUACGGAGGGCCUCAGCAGCUGGCAGGCGGUCACAGAUUUGCAGCUGAGUACCAUCGCGCCGUCGCCUUCUACAGCAGCUUCUCUGCUUUCAUCUUUCGUGCUGACGCCGCAGGAUCUGUGCAGCUCUCCGUCGUUCUGGCUGCUGUUCAUGAUGCUCUUCUUUUCGUGGCAGUCUGUGCUUGUGGCUGCGUACAUGUGGAAAAUAGUGCCCUUCGCGUUCAUUCACAAGGUUCAACCCGGCACGUUCAUGGACACUGCCGAGCGGAACCUGUUGCCGGCGACUUCCUUUACGGAGGGCCUCAGCAGCUGGCAAGCGGUCACAGAUUUGCAGCUGAGUACCAUCGGUGCAGUGGCGGGAGCGCUGUGUGUCGCUGGGCGUUUGGUCUGGGGUUACAUCGGCAACAAGGCCGGCAACAAACGAGCCAUGAUCAUCAUGAAUAUCUGCAUGGCGGCUCUCCUAAUUACGUUCAUGAACAGCAGUAUGACGUCUCCUAGGAACUUCGCAAUAUGGCUCGCUCUGCUUAACGCCUGCCACGGAGGGCUGUUCUCGUUGCUGCCGUCAUUGACUUCGGAUCUAUUUGGACACAAGAACUUCGGGCCAGUAUUCUCGCUUCUUUUCGCUGCAAGGCUUUGCGCUGCCGCCUGCAUUUGCGUCUUGACGAAGGUGGUUCUUGAGCUUACGGACGGUGUGACGCUCUGCAUGACUUUGGCAGGAUGCCAUGUACUGUGCGCGGGGCUGGCCCUGGCCUUCCACCCAACAGAAGCACUGCCGAACCCAUACAAGCUUGUGAUGACUUGA